AUGGCUAAAGAAUUCCAAGAAUCUGAAGUUGUUUUCCAGGAAAAUGAUGUGGACGAAGAGUUCCCAGGUCAUUCAAAUUCCUGGGAAUCGCAAAACAACAAGUUGAUGAGAAGGAAAAAGAAGAAGAAUUCAGUUCCAGUGAAAAUUCCAAAAAAUGUUUCCGGGAAUUCAAGGUUUCAACAGGUGGAUUCAGGCUUCUUUGACGAUGAACUUUGUGAUGCUGAUGAUGGAGAGAUAGUGCCGCCCCACGUGAUCUCGGGGCGGCGAAUCGCCGGAAAAAUGGCGUUCUCCGUCUGCACUGGAAAUGGGAGGACUCUUAAAGGCCGGGACUUGAGUCAAGUCCGGAAUUCAAUACACAGGAUGACUGGAGCGCUAGUGGACACGGGGAGGGAGCAGGCAAAGCAUGUCGUUCGUAAUGGAAAGAAAGAUACCACUACUUCGCCUCUUUGUUGGAUCGCCGGUGCGAACACAGUGGUCUUUGACUAG